UCAAACACACUAUUACAAGAAUAAAUAAUACACUGAUUACAAAUCUAUAAAACUUACACAAAAAUGUCUGAUACAUUCUUGCAAACAACUUUAUACGAAGAGGACCUGGAUGAUGACAAAAUUCUAGAUCUCUCGGCACAAGAAUUAAUUACAAUACCUGCAAUCAAUAACGAAUUUUUAACUGUUCUUUACUUACAGAACAAUAAAUUAAUAGAACUGCCUGACGACUUUUUUCCGUCGUGUCCAAGUUUGAAAUGGCUCGAUUUACGAGAAAACGAACUGUCGGAUAUUCCAAAAACAGUGAAAUAUCAUCCAUCUCUAAAUCAUAUAUUAUUACAAAACAAUAAAAUCACAUCACUACCAAACGAAUUAGGGACAGUGACGAGCUUAAAAGUGCUUCAAUUGAGCGGAAAUCCGCUAAUGUAUCCUCCGAGGGACAUAAUAAAAGCGGGAACGGAGAGUAUUUUAAAGUUUCUGAACGAGAAAAUCAUUGAAGAAGCACUGGAGGAAACUCGGUCUAUUGUAUCGGAUAAGGCAAGCGCAAGCGACUGUUUGGAGUUACCUUUGAAUUCACGAAGCUAUAAUUCUGUAAUAGACGGUCCAAGUAUACCUCCAAAUAAAACUUUAUCCGUACAAUUUAGUGAGAGAGAUUAUUUUGAUGGCGAAGAAAAUGAACUAUAUCCGCGAAUCAAAUCAAAAUGUCCUAAAUUAGCCAAAAGUAGGUCUAAACCUCUACCACCUCAUUGCCAGAGCGCUAAGUAUCCAAGACCGCUUGUGAUGUGUCCCAAGAAAGAGCAGGAUAAGAAAAUUAUGCAAAGCAUAUUAAUGGACGCAGCGUUGAAGAAACAGAAAGACCUUAUUGCUAAAAGUGAUAAAAUUUUACAAGGAAGACGAAAUAUCGAACUCCUGAAGAACUGGCGCAAAAACUACAGAAACCGCCAACUGACUCUAUCAAUGGAAGACGACAAAUACAAACUCACACCCAAAAGUUACCCCUACGAUACCAACCCUGAAUACAUGACCCUCCUCAGCCGUGAGGACAUAGAAAAGGACCUCCCAGACAAGUAUAGAAAGAGGUUGUUUAGACGCUCCAAACCAACUGUGGCUAGGAAGAGUAACACUGAUGCUCAUCUAGCUAUGAAGAUAAAGAAGCUGUUUGAAAAUCUGGAAUCUAUGGAUUUGAAUAGGGAGACCAUGUCGCCGAGGACUGAACAGAGAGUACUUUUAGGGGAGAUACAAAAGAUAUCUGAAAUUAAACAGAAGUUGAUCGAGCUCUCAACUACGAACUCAAGAUCUGUAUCGGCGGAAUAAUAUUCAAAUGCUAAUGUAGUCCAGUAUAAACUAGAUAAAAUUAUAUGUUUCAUUUUUUA